AUGGAUAACAACAAAGACACUUCACCAUUAAAACGCUAUGACGAAAUCACAACCAAUGGCAGUGUAAGGUCAGAUCCCGAUCAAAGAAAAGUAGUUGAGAAAUUAGAUACACUCUGGUACCAAUUAAAAAACUAUACACCCACAGAGCAACAUGACCUCUUAAAGUCUUUAAAAUUUACUUGGCUAUCCAGAAAACAACAAGUAGUACCCAAGUCACUUUAUGUCCAUGGUAAUGUGGGCACAGGCAAGACGAUGGUCAUGGACCUCUUCUUCAACACGCUACCUAUCCAAAGAAAACGACGAGUCCACUUUCACGCAUUCAUGCUUGACGUUCACCAACGCAUUCAUCAAAUCAAGACUCGUUAUCCUCGACUGGCCGAUCCUCUAUCACCCAUUGCUGAUGACCUCGUCAAGGAGGCCUAUGUGCUUUGCUUUGACGAGUUUCAGGUGACUGAUAUUGCCGAUGCCAUGAUCCUUCGACACCUAUUUGAAGAGCUAUUCAAGCGCGGCGUCGUUCUCGUCACCACAUCGAAUCGACACCCGACCGAACUGUACAAGAAUGGGAUUCAACGUGCGUCGUUCAUACCAUGCAUUGAGCUGCUCAUGGAAAAAUGCGAGGUCCUCUGUCUGGACAGUGGCACAGAUUACCGCAAGGUCGAACGAGCCCAGACCCCUGUCUUUUUCCACCCACUCAAUCAGGACACACAUCGUCAGAUCGAGGCGAUCACUCAACGGUUGACACACAAUAAGCCGAUGAAGCCGAUGGAACUCCACUUCCUCUCACGUACCCUCAGGAUCCCUCAGCAAGUCGAUGGGGUGGCCAAGGUGCGGUUCGCCGAUGUCUGUGCUCAACCCCUGAGUGCAGCUGAUUACUUGGAAAUUGUUAAACACUUUCAUACCGUCAUCUUGACGGAUAUUCCUCGUAUGACCAUGAAGCACCGCGCUGAAGCACGUCGGUUUAUUACCUUUAUUGAUGCCAUGUACGAGUCUCACGUGACGCUGGUCGCUAGUGCAGAAAACAGUAUCCUAGAAAUAUUCAAUGCGGAAGAAGGCAGAGAGGAGAUGGAGGAACAGAUGCGGGACAUGAGGGAUCUGUUGGACGUGUCGGAUGUGUCUUCUCCCUUGUUUAGUGGACAGGAAGAGGCGUUUGCGUUUCAAAGAGCUUUAUCGCGUUUGAUUCAGAUGCAGAGUACGGAGUGGGUUCGUGAUGAAUUGAAACAUAGUUCAUAG